ACGGAUAAAUUGUAUCUGCAAGUGAAAAUAUUUUCUUUCGACUAAUUUUUUUUAUGAAGAUACGAAUAAAAAAAGUUUCUAAAAAUAUUUUUUCCUGUGGAGAUAUGAACGUCGGAUCUUUUCAAGCACUCAAAGAUUAGUUUCGUGUUCUCUCUGCGAAUCGCAAUCAGAAAGGGAAGUCCGACAAGGACAACGUUGCGAAGACCGCCUCGCUCAGACAGAAAACAUAAACAAAACCAGCAACCAAAACCGCAACGCAGCGUUAACUUGUCUUUUACUCUUUAAACUAAUCAAAAUCGUUACCUAACCCCCAUGUCCAUUUGCAAUUUUGCCCUCGCCCAUCUUCCCUUAAUCAGUCCUUACUCACUCCCUAAUCUAAACCCUAGAGAAAACCCAACCACCCCAUCAAUGGCUUCCCAAUCUCUCCACCACCACCCCCACUUCACCUCCCUCCGCCUCCGACAGCCGCGCAAAGCCCCGGCGAGCCCUUCCCCGCGCGCCCUCGCCGUCGCCGCCGCCUCCAGAAACCCGCCCCUCCCCGGCCGCAAGCUCCGGGCCGCCGUCAUCGGCGGCGGGCCCGGCGGGUCCUCCGCCGCCGAGUCCCUCGCCUCCGGCGGCGUCGAGACCUUCCUCUUCGAGCGCAGCCCCUCCGGCGCCAAGCCCUGCGGCGGCGCCAUCCCGCUCUGCAUGCUCGACGAGUUCGACCUCCCGUCCAGCCUCGUGGACCGCCGCGUGACCGAGAUGAGGAUUAUCUCGCCGUCGAAUCUCACCGUCGACUUCGGCAAGACCCUGAGGCCGCACGAGUACAUCGCCAUGCUCCGCCGCGAGGUCCUCGACUCCUUCCUCCGCUCGCGCGCGGAGUCCCGCGGCGCGGAGCUCAUCACCGGCCUGGUGACGGAUCUGGAGCUGCCGUGCUCCUCCGCCUCGCCGUACGUCGUCCACUACACGAGCGGCGGCUCGAAGCGGAGCCUGGCCGUCGACGUCGUGGUCGGGGCCGACGGCGCCAACAGCCGCGUCGCGAAGUGCAUCGGCGCCGGAGACUACUCGUACGCCAUCGCGUUCCAGGAGAGGAUCAGGCUCCCGGACGAGAAAAUGAAGUACUACGAGAACCUGGCCGAGAUGUACUUUGGAGACGACGUGUCGCCGGACUUCUACGCGUGGGUCUUCCCGAAGUGCGACCACGUGGCGGUCGGGACCGGCACGGUCCGGUCCAAGCGCGAGAUCAAGGCCUACCAGAGGGGGAUCAGGGAGCGAGUGAGGCCGAAGAUCGAGGGCGGGGAGGUCAUCAAGGUGGAGGCCCACCCCAUCCCGGAGCACCCGCGGCCGGUCCGGGUCAGGGGACGGGUGGCCCUCGUCGGCGACGCGGCGGGCUACGUGACGAAGUGCUCCGGCGAGGGGAUCUACUUCGCGGCGAAGUCGGGGAGGAUGUGUGGGGAAGGCAUCGUGAGGGCAUCGGAAGGAGGGGAGAAGAUGGUGGACGAGGAGGACCUGAGGAGAGAGUACCUGAGGGAGUGGGACGACAGGUACGUGACGACGUAUCGGGUGCUGGAUCUGCUGGAGAAGGUGUUCUACGGGAGCAACUGGGGGAGGGAGGCGAUGGUGGAGCUGUGCGGCGGCGAGUACGUGCAGAGGGUGUCGCUGGAGAGCUACAUGUACAAGAGGCUGGUGGAGGGCGACCGGUGGGAGGAGGUGAAGAUGGCGGCGAACACGGUGGCGACCUUGGUCAGGUGCAAGAUCAUGGGCCGCGAAGCGGGGCGUCUGAAGGCGAUCGCGUAGUUGGAUUCGCAUCCACCAAUUUGAUUGUCAAGGUCAUAGCUUGGAAGAAGAAGAAGAA